CUACGAGGUCGUAAAUCCGCCAUGUUUUCACUGCCCUAGCGUUGCGACAGAGACGGAGAACUCGAACGACAUGAAACUAGAAAAUAAUAAUACGGCAGAAACAGAGAACCAGCAAACGGAUCACGGCAACAUCAUCACUAUUGAAACCACGCUGGGAGACGAAGAUGAAGAUGUGCACAAAUGUGGACGCUGCCAGGAGGAAUUCUCCUUAUUGGAGGCCUUCAUUCAGCACAAGCUGCGUCGUAACUGUCAGCGAUCUCAAGAACCGACGAAGAAGGAGAGUCAGACUGCUGGUGAUGACGGAAAUUCUCCAGCCCUACUCAUGACAGAUGAGAGUGGCAUAUUGUCAUCAGUCGGGCCAGAGAGUCCAGAUAAAGCCAUUCGUGCUGCUUCCCAGCAAGCAACGUCUGAUGAUGUGGAGUCUAGCAAACAAGGGGCCCAGGUCUCUGAAGACUCAGAUAGCCCCAAGAUGGUGUUAAGGGUGAAUGAUGAGGGGCGCUUCGUCUGCCAGCUCUGUGAGAAAACCUUCAAGACGCCCAACAUCCUGAGGACACACAUGUCAACCCACAGCGAAAAGAAAGACUUCCAAUGUGAUCUGUGUGGUACCGCCUUCAGAACCAAGGGCUCACUAAUCCGCCACAACCGUCGGCACACAGAUGAGCGGCCCUACCGGUGUAACCUCUGCGGCCUCUCCUUUAGAGAGUCGGGGGCCCUGACUCGACACAUGAAGUCCCUCACCCCCUGCACAGAGAAGAUCCGCUUCAGUCAGUGCAAGGAGAUCCUUGUUGACAAAGAUGGUGUUCGAAAAGAAUCUGUGGCAGACCAGCCUCCCUCCAUCCUGCCCCAGACGGAGGAACAGCAGGUGCCAGAGGUCAGUGUGGUGGAGGAGGAGGAGGAGGAGGAGGAGGAGGAGGCGGUGGAGGCGGAUGAGGAGACCCAGGAGCUCAUCCACAUUCAGAUGGUCCAGGAUCCAGGGCAGUGCCAGCAAGAGGCUGGGCAGCCCCAGUCUGAGCCCAUGGAAGAGAGCAACAAUCUGAUCUGCCAGGCAAUCAUCAACUCUGGCAUCGCCCUGGAGGCGGACGCGGAGACGGAAGUGGAGACGGGGCCAGGGCCCGGAGUGAGCAGGUCCGCCAGGUUGGCCCUGCAGAGCCCCGGGACCGAGAGCCGAGUCACGGAUAUCCAGCUGUCAGAGGAGUGCGUGGAGAUGGAGGACGAGACUGUGCUGAGCUCUGGGGAAACCUCUGAUAAGGAGGGGGAGUCGGCACCUUUAAAGUUUCACAAAUGUCCUCACUGCAGUCGGGUCUUCAAAGCUUUGAAUUACCUACGUUUCCAUGUCAAAGGUCACCUGGGCUACAAGCCUUUUAAGUGCAUGGUGUGCCAGAAGGAGUUCCUGACGGGCUACCUGCUGAAGAAGCACAUGGAGGUGCACCUGAGUGAGCGGCGCUACAAGUGCGGCGAGUGUGGCAAACUCUACAAGACCAUCGGUCACGUGCGGGAGCACAUGCGCGCCCACUCCGACGAGCGGCCCUACCACUGCAACCGCUGCGACAAGGCCUACAAGACCAAGAAUGCCUUGCAGGUUCACCAGAGGACUCAUGGGCAGGACAAGCCCUACGUGUGCCCCCACUGUACGCGUGGCUUCCGGGAGAAGGGCUCGUUGGUGCGCCACAUCCGCCACCACACCGGGGAGAAGCCUUUCAAGUGCCUCAAGUGUGGCCGUGGCUUUGCCGAACACGGCACACUCAACCGGCACCUGCGCUCUAAGGGCGGCUGCCAUACAGGCCAGAGGGAGUCGGAGCAGGCGAUUGAAGUGGCGGUGAAGGAGCAGCUUGGGUCAGCGGAGAGCGUGGCUGCCAUCAUCACCGAGGACCCCCACGCUGUGCUGGUGGAGUUCUCCUCCGUGGUGGCUGACACUCAAGAGUACAUCAUUGGGGCCGCUGCAGAGGAGUCUGUGACGACUGAGGAGGUGGCCCUACUGCAGGACACUCAGAGUCAGAUGGGCAGCCAGAUCAUGAAGGUGGUGCAGCAGAUCGUGAGUCAGUCGCAGCAGCAGGGCGGCGGUGGGCGCCAGAUCAUCGUGCGCCACGUGGCAGCCGGCGAGGACGGGGGCCCUGCCACAGCCACCAUCUCUGACUCGGGCGACACCAUCACCAUCGCCACGCCCGAGAGCCUGACGGAGCAGGUGGCCCUCACGCUGGCCUCUGCCAUUGGAGACGGCACCAUCCUCACCGCCACCGCCCAGGAGACAACCGUCACCAUGGUGACUGGUGAGGCCCAGGAAGUGGAGGUGAUGGAGCCGGAGCAGUUUGUCAUCACUGCCAUCCCUGAGGAGAUGGAGAUCCAGACCGUGGUGGUGUGAGACAGGGACAGAGACGGACCCAAACACACUCUGAUUGACUACAGCUUUGGACACAGCUGUGACUGUUGAACACGACACAGGGUUUUUAACCCGAGGGAGGGAUGAGAAGAAGAGCAAUUCAGUGCACAAACGAGUGAGAGACUACGUGAUAAAAAAGACUGAUGAAAUUAACUGAGAUGUUCAAGCUAUUUUGCCUUCUGCUGCCUGAAGAACUGUUCUUUUAUGUGUGGUUUUGAACAAAGCUUUUCACAGAUUAGUUUUGUCCUCCUAGUUAAUGAAUGAAGUAGGAGAAUAUGUGAAUAGCAAACACUGCUUCAUAUUUAUUGGUUUCUUGUUUCAUGAAGCCACUGAACUGUUGUCUCACUCUGUUUUGAAAUCCUCAACUACCCCACCCAGCCUACUGGAAAGGCCCACACCUCACUGGAGCGAAGAGCGGUCUGAACAGUGGCUGUAGUGUUUAAUGGCUGGACCCUCUGUGCAUUAUCUUCACGUUUGUUUUCGUGCUAAUGAAACAAGAGCACUGUUACUUCUGUCAUUUGUGUCUCAUUUGUUGCAGUACCAUCAGAGGUUCAGGUUCAGGUAAACAAUAGCCAUUGAUAAAGGGCGAAACUUUGAGCAGUGUGAACCUUUCGAGAGGAACUAACCAUUCCCAACGUAACAUAUUAACGUGCCAGUUGGCCAUGUGAAUCUUAAUAUGGCUGAAAUAGGUUGGAGCUAGCGAAAAGGCUCUCCUUGCCUUCUGCAUCAAUUUGUUUCUGAGCUACAGGAAAUGAAUGUAAGUGAAUGUUGAUGUACUAGUUGUGUUCCUGCCCACCAGUUUGGGUCCAGUGUCUGCAGAUGUGGCGGUAUUAGUAAUAUUUACUUACAGCGGUGCAGAUUGCAUUUCCAUCUGCUUUUAAUUGAAUGAUUGAAUGUUUAAAUGAGUUGCUGGACUGGUAUGGAUGACACGGGUGCAUGUUUGGCGGAAGUGUUUAGAAGAACUAUUUCAGUGUUGGCAGUGACUACGCUAUGAAUUACUGUGAAGGAAAGUUGGAAGGAAAGCUUCCGGUUGCCCAUUGGUUGGCAUCCACUCCCUUUUAGUCAUCAUGCCAAAGUAGACUUGUGACUUAACCCUAGACGUUGUUUUUUUUCCAUGAAAGAUUAAUACCAAAUAUGCCACCAUCUCUGUUACAAUCCCUUUGUAAUGUCAUUACUUCAGGACCUCAUCAGGUUGUCUGUGCCAUCUGCUGAUGUCGUUGAGGAUGUCAUUAAACUCAUUUUUUCAAAGUGAAA